GGAGCCGGCUUAGCAUCCUCCAGGGCCGCUGGAGUUCGCGGGAAAGCGGCCGUCAUCGAGAGACAACAAGCGAAAUUGUACCGGGGAUUAAAGAAUCGUCUUUUAUAUUGAAACACUGCGUCAGUCAUUCGUUUUAAUCUGUUUAAAGCCGUAACGGAGCAGUGACACAGCUUAAAACCGGCGUCUUUCCAGGGCUGCUGCCAGGCUGCUACGCUAACAUCCGACGCUUGUUAGCUAGGUCGCCUCAUUGGCUAAGAGAAACGUUGUGCUUCAUGCGACAAGAUAUAGAAAAUACAGCAGACUUGAAAGAGACAAAGGGUUUCCGCUGCCUGACACGUACAGACCGUUAACAUGUUCAACUUGGACCGUUUUCGUUAUGACAAGAAGGCAGCGACGACAACAAACAAAGACGAGGAGAGCGGGUCCAAAAGUCCGGAGUCUGAGAAAGAGAACAAGCCAGCUAAGAUGAAACCUGCUAAAGCCCCACCAAAGUCCCAUGCCCGAGGAGUGGUUUUUGAGGAAGUCCUCACAAUUGACCUGGAGGAUGAUGAGGCUCUUUCUGACACAAAGACCAAAAUACCACACAACAGGAAGCUCAAGAAUCCCAGAGCUAUAUCGCCCAAAAAAGUGACAUCAAGUCACACAAAUGAUGAGGAUGAUGAAUUGGAGGAGAAAAUGAGCAGAAUACUGGAGAUGUUUCCUCAGCUGACGAGGACGGAGCUCCUUGAGGUCGUUGAGAGCACAGCCACAUUGGAAGGAGCUGUAGCUGCAUGCCUUUUAAAGUUUGGGGAUAAAGAAGCCACAGAACAAGGCAGGAAGAGAAAGCAGGAUGGAUCCAGCAGCUCCCAGGACAGUGUUGAGCUUCAGCUUAGCAAGAAGAGUAAGCCAUCAGAUGAACUGGUUUCUGAUGAUGAAGAUGAUGAAGGCAAAGAGCCAAGCUGGGAGAAGCAGGAGUCCAUGGUCAGAAGACUGCAGAAAAAGUUUCCUGACCAGGACAAGGAGGAGCUGCGGAUGGUGCUGCAGGAACACGACUGGAACGUGGAGGAUGCUCUGCAGGUUCUACAAAUGUUCUCAGACCCAGUGUCGGAUAAUACCAGUUUCAGCUCACCUGACACAGAAGAAAAGAAAUCCAGUAAAUGGAAGAGCAAAGACAAGUCAAGCAAGGACCAUAGAAAGUCGAAGCACCACAAAGAUCACAAAGACAGUAAAAGCAGGAGAGGACAAAAGGACUCAAAAGACCACAAGGAUAUUAGUGAAACAGAUGAGGACGUCAUAUAUGAUACAGACUCUACAAAGGACAGUGAAGACUCAGACUCCGACAACAGCAACAAUGGUUCCAAAAACAAAAGUAGCGCUUCCACUCUAUCUACAUGGCUUAAAAAAGGUACUGACUCCGUACCCUCAUCCUCCUCCGAGAGGAAAACAGCUACCUCAUCCUCUUCAAAGCCAUCCUCUUCUUCCUCUACUGUUCAGAUGCUGUCUAGAUUUGCCAGCGGGACCAGUAUAGCGAAGAGGCAGGCAGCAGAGAGAAAGAGGAAAGCACGUGCCUCAGAUGAACAUGUCAGUUCUGAGGGGGAAAAUGACGAUGAAGAGGAAACUGUUAGCACUGAGUUUGAGGACUCUGACGAUGAGCUGGACUCAGGAGGUGGCACGACGGAGCUGAAGAAAGAGAUAAUCAGUUUCUUCCAGCAGGCAACGAUUGAUGAGCUGACGCUGAUCGCAGGGUGCUCUGUUAAAAAAGCCCAGAAGAUUGUGGAGCUGAGGCCCUUUGAUAGCUGGCAGUGCCUGAUUGAACUCUUCCAUAAGGACAAUGGACUGUCAGAGAGCUUACUGCUUGGCUGCAGAGUCGUUCUCAAAGAGAGGAAGGUUGUACUGGGGCUGAUGUCCAAGUGUGAGACCAUUUCAUCAAAAAUGGUCAAACAGGUCACUGAUCUGACAGAGAGGGGCACAGGAACCAUGAAACAGCCCAGCCUGCUCAACAGCCAGUUCCAGCUGAAACCCUAUCAGCUGAUUGGUCUAAAGUGGCUGCUGCUUCUGCAUGAGCACAAACUAAGUGCUAUCCUAGCUGAUGAAAUGGGUUUGGGGAAAACUAUCCAGGCUAUAGCAUUUCUUGCCCAGCUGUACCAGAACGGGAUAGAGGGUCCUCACCUCAUUAUUGUACCGGCCUCUACACUGGAUAACUGGGUCAGGGAGCUGAAGAUGUGGUGUCCAAGCCUCAAAGUGCUUGUCUAUUGUGGAUCUGUGGAGGACCGCCGCUACCUCAGACACGACCUCCUCAAUGACGAUGUUGAGUGCAACGUCAUUGUGACCACGUAUAACAUGGCCAUAGGUAACGAUAGCGAUCGCAGCCUUUUCCGUAGGCUGCCUCUGAAGUACGCUAUGUUUGAUGAAGGUCACAUGCUGAAGAACAUGAACUCUCUACGCUACCGCCACCUUAUGGCAAUUAAUGCAGAGCAUCGCUUGCUGCUCACAGGAACUCCUCUACAGAACAACCUCUUAGAGCUGAUGUCUCUUCUGAAUUUCAUUAUGCCUUCCAUGUUCUCCAGCACAACUUCACAGCUCUCCAAAAUGUUCUCUAUGAAAUCCCAUGAGGAGCAGAGCCGCUUUGAGAGGGAUCGUAUAUCUCAGGCCAAACUCAUCAUGAAACCUUUCAUCCUUCGAAGGGUUAAGAACGAGGUCCUCAAGCAGCUGCCAGCCAAGGAAGAGAAGGUUGAGUUCUGCGCAAUGAGCGAGAAACAGCAGGUUCUCUACCAGACCCUCUUUAAAAAACUCAAGGAUUCCAUCAACGGCGAGAAGCGCGAGUUGUGUAAUGUGAUGAUGCAGCUGAGGAAGAUGGCCAACCACCCUAUGCUUCAUAGACAGUAUUAUACCACAGAAAAGCUCAAAGCCAUGAGCAAACUCAUGCUCAAGGAGCCAACUCACUUUGAUGCGGACGCUGCUCUGAUCCAGGAGGACAUGGAAGUGAUGUCAGACUUUGAGCUGCAUCGUCUGUGCCAGCAGUACUCCUCCAUCGGCUCCUACCAGCUUGAAAACAGCCUCCUGCUUGACUCUGGGAAAUUCCACCACCUCACAGAGCUCCUUGCCUCACUUAAAAAGAAGGGAGACCGAGUGGUAUUAUUCAGUCAGUUCACCAUGAUGCUGGACAUCGUGGAGGUGUUGCUGAAACAUCUUAAGCAUCGUUACAUCAGACUGGAUGGAUCCACACCCAUAGCUGACAGGAUUGUGUUGAUUGAUGAGUACAACAUGGAUCCUGACAUAUUUGUGUUCCUGUUAUCAACACGUGCUGGCGGCCUUGGCAUCAACCUCACCUCAGCUAAUGUUGUCAUCCUACAUGACAUCGACUGCAAUCCCUACAAUGACAAACAGGCAGAAGACAGGUGUCACCGUGUAGGCCAGACCAGGACUGUGCAGGUGAUUAAGCUGAUCAGUAAGGACAGUAUAGAGGACUCCAUGCUGCAGCUGAGCCAGAGGAAACUAAAGCUUGAGCAGGACAUGACUGCUGCUGACGGUGGUGAGGGGACCAUACCUGAAGAUAUGGCAUCUUUGCUCAAAGCUUCACUGGGACUGUGAUACGCAAACACGUGAAACUUGAGACUGUACAAACACAUUUUGGAUGGUAUUCUUGUGAUUCUGGGCAGACCUGAGUGUUCUGACUGAACACACUCUUUUGUGUCUAUACUGGAAAACUACUGAGAACCAUAUGCUGCCAUGGGAAAAAGUUCUAAUAUUGAGAUCUGAUUUAUCGUGUAGCGUGGUAGCUGUGCCUAAAACACUAUUUUUACAUGCAGUUUUUGCUCCUACUUUGACUAUUAGUUCAGUAUAAAAUGGCAAAACAAAAAUGUUGCCUUUUAAAUUGUGUGCACACCACAUUACACAAAAAUUCUCUGUGGAAACUUGAAAUGAAUGGUGUUAAAUAGUCCAGACCAAACUGUCUGUAAUGCAGCAUGUGUUGGUCGCCAUGGCGUUUGGAUGAGUUCAUAACUUUGUUUAUAUUACCCAAGUUAUAGUAUUCAUAUUCAGAUAAGAUGUGCUAGUAAGGAAAACUAUGCUUACUGGAAGUCUCUCAUGGAUGAAAUAUUUAAAGGUCUUUUGAAACUGCGUGAAGAGAUGGAGAUUGGUGGAUUUUUAUACCGUCUUUCUUACCUGACAGUGUUGCAUCUUGCCUAAUGUACUCGCUCUUACUUGCCAGGUCUUGAAAGAAAGAUUUUUUUUUUUAACAUCAAAAGGUUUUUGCUGCUGUGAUCCACAGCAACAUUAAAAGCAGCAGAUAUGACAACCGUACAGAAAAAAGUUACCUUUCACAUAAAUUUGCCCAGAUAUCAUUCCUGAUCAAACAUUUUUGACAAUUUGGGUUGCAUCAGAAAAUCAGCCAAGUAUCUGGAAAAUGGUAUUCUCUGUCAGUGAAAUGUGUCGACUGUCACACUGAUGCCAUGUUUUCUGGCAAACGCAGAGGGACCUUUUCAGAUAGAAGAUCAUUGUGUGAGUGUAGUUGAAGAAUUCAGUACACACAGUUUUUGUAAUGUGUAAACCUAAAAAAACUACAACUAAACAUAAGAUACAGUGUCUUUAAUAAGAAUGGUGCUUGAAUUGGUUUCUUUGCUGUUUCUACACCUUCAAAUAUUUAGAGCUAAGCGACAAAAGAUGGCGAUUUAACGAAGCAGCUGCUGCGUUUAUGUACUGUAUAAGUGGCUUAUGUGUUGUAAGUGUACAAGUGUAAGUGUAAAAGCUUUUACUAAGUCAUUUGUAUGUUUUUAAGGUUCAUGUUUGGACUGAAUAAUAAAAAUUGGAAUAAAGUUUGUGUGGUCAUGGCCUGCAGCCAUUCAACAGUAACAGCAGCAAGAAAAUAAUCCCUAAAU